CCUAUUGAAGGAUCCCUUGCAAAAGUGAUGUAUAUUGGAAAGCAUGAAGAUGGGACUGUAUUUGAAAGAAAAGGAUCAGUUGAAGAACCCUUUGAUUAUGUAUGUUCAGAAGGCCUCGAAAUUCAUCCAAUUCGAUCAUUCAUUCAACAGCCAUGAGAGGUCUCGAGCAAACGCUUUGCGAUUAUCAUGUUAUUUGAACAAUGGAGGGCAUCAAGAAGCCUCAAAAAUGUGUAGCAAGGUUAUAGAAUAUGAUCCUUGCAAUGUGAAAGCUUUAUUCAGAAGGGCUCAAGCAUACCUAAGAAUCAAUGAACUAGAAAAGGCUGAAAUUGAUAUUAAGAAAGCUCUUCAAGUUGAUCCAAACAACAGAGAUGUGAAGGUCAUGUACAAGGAAGUGAAGAAUAAGCAGAAGCAAUAUGCACAACAUGAAGUUAAAAUCUUUAGCACUAUGCUAUCAAGAUUGGCCUAGGAGUUUCAGUUGAAAAAAUUUACAAAUUCAAGACUUAAAAUCUUUUUUGUAUUAUAUAGAAUCUUUAUUCUUUAGAAGUAUGCAAAAUCUUGAAAAUUCUGUAUGAAAAGUUUAAUAAUUUAAAUUGUAUUUGCUACAA